AUGGGAUUGAAGAAAUCUCCAAAGCAAGCCAAGAAAACAAAAGUUUACAUCUACAACGCUAGCAAAACAACUACAGGUAGUACCCGAUAUACGUAUCGAAAAAAAAUGGUAAAGUUACAGCCCCUGGAAUUCAUCGACUGUUUGAUAGACAGUCCAGAUUUUCGUGAAAAUCUAAACAAACAUGAGAAAGAAUUGGAAAAAACGAGUCAGCAAAUUAAACGCAUAAUCAAGGAAAUUAAAGACUUGUUAGCUGCUGCGAAAAGUCUUUCACGUGCGCAGCGAACAUUGUCCAAAAGUUUGAAUGAAUUCAAUUUUGAAUGCAUAGGCUCUACGCAGACCGAUGAUGAACAAGUUAUAGCGGAAAGUUUAAAACAGUUUAGCAAAUUAAUAUCUUCAAUUGAAGAAGAACGCGAUAAUAUGCUUGAUCGUGCUCAUGAACAGAUUUUAUUGCCCUUGGAAGAAUUUCGAAAAGUCCAUAUUGGUGGUGUGAAGGAAAACAAAAAGAAAUAUGACAAAAAAACGGCUAAAUUUUGUCAAGCUCAGGAAAGGUUCCUCAAUAUGUCUUCAAAGAAAUCUUCUCCAGCAGUGAUUGAGGCAGAUGCGUCGUUAGGAAUGUUGGAAAGGGAAUAUCUUAGAGAAUCCUUGAGCUACGUUUUGCGUAUACAGGAGGUCCAGGAACGUAUAAAAUUUGAGUUUGUGGAAAUCGUAUUGAGAUUCAUAUCUGAUUGGCUUGUUUUUUAUCACUUGGGACACGAAGUUGCUGAGGAUGCUAAGGAUUAUUUAUCAGAUCUGCAACUCAAAGUUCAGAAGACUCGCGAAAAUUUUGACGAAACCCGACAAAAAGCGCAGGAAUUGAAAAAUAAAUACAUGGACAGUAAAUUAAAGCCCGAAAGUGAAUACACUAAGCAAGGAUAUCUUUAUUUAAUGGAAAAAAAAUUCACUGUGGUUACAUGGUCGAAAUUUUACUGCACUUACAAGAAACAAACCAAGGAAUUUUCUAUGUUACAGUACAAUCAAAUGUCUGGACGCACGCAACAAACAAAUCCUGAAACAUUCACAUUAGCAUCAUGUACAAAAAAAAUAACGGAAUUUGAAAAACGUUAUUGUUUUGAUGUAAUUUUCAAUGAAAGAACUUCAAUUACAUACACUUUCCAAGCACUAAGUGAAGACGAUAUUAAAGCUUGGAUAGAUGCAAUGGAUGGUAAAGAAUCGACCAACCUUACUUUAUUAACAAAACAUAAUGAAGACGGCACGCUUGACGAUGAUGGAUUCGCUUUUAUUAAAAAGUGCAUAGAGUUACUGGAAAGACGAGGACUGGAAGAAGAGGGAUUAUAUCGUAUUGGUGGUGUUAGCACUAAAGUAACGAAAUUGUUACAAAUGGGAUUAGAUCGGAAAAAGACUCAAAAAGAUCGUCUUAGCUUUUUCGACGACGAGCAUAUGGGUUAUAAUGAUAUUUUAGAGAGCAAAACAAUAGCAAGUGCUCUUAAACAGUAUCUUCGGAAUUUAAACGAGCCACUUAUGACGUUUCGAUUACAUCAUGCCUUCAUAACAGCAGCCAAACAAGAGACACGUUUGCAACGAAUUAAUGAUGUGCAUCAAUUGGUAUACAAACUACCCAAAAAUCGGUUGGAUAUGCUGGGAAUGGUUAUUCGACACUUAAAAACUGUAUCGUCAAAGAGCGAUAGAAAUAAAAUGUCAGUGUUUAAUUUAGGUGUUGUGUUUGGUCCUACUUUAUUGCGAGCUGCUGAAGAAACUGUUGCUGCAAUACUUGAUAUAAAGUUCAAUAACGUAAUCAUCGAAAUUUUAAUUGAAAAUUAUGACAAAAUUUUUAAAAAUUUACCUUCUACAUCAAAGGGCAGCAGUACUGGUGAUUCUUAUAUAUCACAAUCCAAUAAAAGCCCAUUAUUUCAACGACCGGAUAGCAGCAGUAGUGGUGCUGUGGAAAGUGCAACAGGAGGGUCAAUAUCAACAGGGAUAAAUCUUAAUUACCCUAAGGACCGCACCAUACAUUCUAUCUACGCACAAACGCAACCUGUAGUUCGUGUUGUUGCCAAGUCGAAUUAUACUGAGCCAAUUAUGUCCUCAAGUUUACAACACAUACCUAAUGGUAUACAGUCAUUAUACAGCAAAGGCACUAAUCAUUAUCCGACUUAUGAAGCCAAACCAACAAUUAUAUCUUCGAUUAUUAGCGAAUCUACCCCUGCUUCGUUGAUUAUUAGAGACCAAAAUAAUCAACAGCACUUGAAAUCUACUAUUGAUCCGUCAUCAAGUCACUACCAUGGAACACAUUAUACUGUAGACAAAGUCUCUGCUGGAUAUCAAAAUUUGUCUGCUGGUAGUGCUCUUGGUGGAUGUUAUCCUUCACAAAACCAAUCUACCGCAUCGUUUUCACAUAACUCUUCGUUAUCUGGAAUGAAUAGUAUGACAAACUGUGACGCUACGAUUCCACACGGAGUUUAUGAUCGUGUAAUUACUUUAGGCAAUAGCGAUUCCAAUCUCGCUAUUUCUCGUAAAGAGUUAUCAACAUAUGAAAAAAUUAACUCCACAAGCAGUUCGGCAGAAUCGGUAUGCUCUUCACCGGGAGGUAUUAUUGCUAGUAGCGUCUUCUGUACUUUAAGAAGCCCUCGUGGUAACUGGGCUAAUAAUGCUGCUAUUGGCAACAAAAAUGUUGCAAAAUACGAUAGUUGUGGAACUAACAAUAAUAUCCGCACAGUCGUUUCACCGUUAACAACUACGGUGCAUGUUGAAGAGUCUGACAAUUCAGCUAGCCCUAGUUAUGGUAGGCCAAAGAAAACUCAGCGUAUUAAAGACUUUGGCCGAAAUCGCCAGUUACCGCCAGUUCAGCAACAGCUAUCGUUAGCUCAACAGCAGUAUUUGCAGCAAAACCCAGGAAAACAAUCAUUAACAGUACGAGAAGAUAUACGAGUACGUACAUUAUACGCUUGUUUAGCAGAAAACGAUGGAGAAUUAUCAUUUGAACCAAACCAAAUCAUAACUAAUGUGCGUCGAUCAAAUGAACCAGGGUGGUUAGAAGGUACGCUUAAUGGAAAGUCUGGAUUGAUACCAGAGAAUUAUGUAGAAAUGUUGAAAUAA